AUGGCGCUUAAUCUUGAGAAACAGUUGCUCUUCGUCAACGUCGCAAUCCAUAUCACCUGCGUCCCAAUCCUCCUGUUUACCGGCAUCAUCCUCGCUUGCAACUGCCCGCCGCUAUUCACCCUCCCGGACAUCCUCCAAAUCGAAUACCUGCCCGCAAACGCCGGCACAAUCGGCGCUCUUAUCUACGCCACAUUCUAUGUCCUCUUAGAGCCCAUAGCCGGCGGCCUACUCGCACCCGCCGUGAUCGCAGCUGCAUACUACGGAAACUACUUCCUCAGCACGCACGGCAGCAUCGUGAACUACUGGGCGGGGCAUCCACGUCGUUUUGUCGGACACGGCGUGUUUGAGAAGCGUGCCCCUGCUUUGCUGGAUAAUCUUGUUCAGGCUUUCCUGCUGGCGCCGCUAUUCGUCUGGAUGGAGAUUCUAUUCUUCUUCGGUUAUCGCCCGGAGCUCAAGGUGCGCUUUGAGAAGGGCGUUGAGCUGGAGAUUCUGAAAUUCCGGAAGCAGGGGAAUGGGAAUGGAAAUGACAAGGGCAAGGGCAAGGCCGAGCAGUAA